CAGCCCCACCCUUUAUCAUCCUGUGCGUAUACACCAUCAUCAUCACACACCACGUUUCUCCCUCCUCCUCCUCCUCCUCCUCCUCCUCCAGCAGCAGCAGCAGCAGCAGCAGGAGCAUCAGCAGCCGGAUAAACCGCUUCACCUUCCCUCGGACAGUCUGGAGACAGAGAUGGGAGCGGGGCUAUGACACGGACACACCGGGCAGGAAGGAUGGCUCUGCGCGGCCGGGAAAUGUUGUGCUUGAUCGGAACCUGCCUCUGGCUGCCGCUGCUGGCGGAGGUGGUGGCUGAGGACAGUUACUUAAACGAGGUGCAGAACUCAGUGCCUCUGUCCUGCUCUGAGGGAUUCACAGAGUUGGGGUACUACAACGGCACAGUGUCCCAGACGGACUCUGGCGCCCCCUGUCUGAAAUGGACCGAGUUUCCGGACUACGUUAUGCAGUACCCGGGCCGAGGGCUGGGCGACCACAGCUACUGCAGGAACCCGGACCGAGAGUCCAACCCCUGGUGUUUCUUCAGACAGAACUCUGGAGCCAUUGGAUGGGCGUACUGCGACUGCCACCAGGGCGCCGCUCGUUUGGUUGGCAGCUUGUUCUCUGGCACCGGGCGGGUUGAGGUGUACCUGAACGGCCAGUGGGGGGCAGUGUGUGACUCUCACUGGUCGGACCGAGACGCCAGCGUGAUCUGCAAGCAGCUGGGUCUGGGUGACAUCGGCACAGCAUUGCAGCACUCGCAGUUCGGCUCGGGCUCCGGCCUCUUUCACUACGAGCGUCUGGGUUGCCGCGGGGAUGAAGACACCCUGAGCAGGUGCCGGAGCAGGACGUUCGUCACCGGUGACUGUAGCCAUGGAAACGAGGCGGCUGUGCUGUGCGCGCCACCAGAAGGCAGUGGUCCUCCGCUGCGUUUGGUCGGAGGCGAGGAAGACUUUGAAGGUCGAGUGGAGGUGUUUCACACUGGAAGGUGGGGCUCGGUCUGCGAUGACCAGUGGGACGACAGAGAUGCUGAGGUGGUGUGCAGGCAGCUGGGUUUUGGGGGCGUAGCGAAGGCCUGGUCGUGGGCUCACUUCGGUCAGGGCUCAGGCCCAAUCCUGCUUGACGCCGUGAAGUGCACAGGAAACGAGCUCUUCCUGGAUCAGUGUCCCCAUGGCGACUGGGAGCAACACAACUGCGACCACAUGGAGGAUGCUGGGGUCUCCUGCAGCCCUUACACUGACGGCGUGGUGCGUCUGGUGGGAGGAGACAGUCCCUGGGAGGGUCGAGUCGAAGUUUUACACAACGGCGACUGGGGGACGGUGUGCGACGACCACUGGAGCCAGCAGCACGCGGAGGUGGUCUGCAGACAGCUGGGCUACAGGGGUCACGCGGAGGUCGUGUCAGACGGCACCUUCGGGGAGGGUGUCGGUCUGAUCCUGCUGGACGACGUGCACUGUGAGGGAUCGGAGACCUCCCUGCUGGACUGCCCGCAUGGGAUCUGGGGGCGGACCGACUGCUCUCACGGCGAGGACGUCGGGGUUCGCUGCCGGGGCCGAUUCGGCCUUGAGACCAACGAGGUGCCGGUUAUCUCACCUUCCACAGGUCCCCUGGUGCGUCUUGUGGGGGGCAGCAGCAGAAAGGAGGGUCGAGUGGAGGUGUAUCUCCAUGGUGACUGGGGGAGUAUCUGCGACUCGGGCUGGAAUGACCUGAACGCAGCUGUGGUGUGCAGACAGCUCGGACACAGUGGUGGAGCCGUAGCAACCGGAGGGUUCGGUCAGGGGAAAGGCCCCAUUCACCUGGACCAGGUGAGGUGCACGGGGAAGGAGGAGUUCCUGGGAGAGUGUCCCUCCCUGGGUCAGAGCUUCCAGGGCUGCAGACGCAGGGACGACGCCGGGGUGAGUUGUGACGUUGCACCGCGGGAGUCGCCAGCGCAGGCCAAGCCUCAGGAGCAGAGCUGUGGGCUGAGGAAGCUGGUGGAGGAGGAGAGCAAGAGGAGGAGCCGAGGAGAGGAGAACAUGCUCACGACCACGUGGCCAUGGCAGGUGUCCGUGUGGCUUCAAUCCCAAGAGAAAGAUGGCGGUCCUCUCUGCAGCGGCACUCUGAUCAGCCCCUGCUGGGCGCUGACCUCCGCUCACUGUGUCAGCAGGUUUGGCGGCGACCCCUCCCAGUACGUGGUGCGUGUCGGGGCGUCGGCGCAGACCCUCACGCCGGAGCAGGUCGUCGUUCACCGGAAGUACAAGGGUCAGAGCGGGGGUCAUGACCUGGCUUUGUUGAAGCUGCCCAGCGCCAAGGGUCACUGUCUGACCUUUGACCCUGACACGAACGCGGCGUGCCUUCCUACUGCUGAUAUGGGAUCAGGGGGAAGUAGUCCAUCCUCUUGUGUCGUCAUGGUUACUGCUGGAUGGACAGGACCAGACUCCGUUCUUGCAUCCUGGGUCCCUCUGAUGUCGUCAUGGCAAUGUAAGAAGCGCUAUGGCGACAGUUUCUCCAGCCACGGCACGCUGUGUGCUGGCAGUCCUCCAGACACCAGCCUCCUCCAUGGCAACAGUUGUCAGGGUAACUCCGGAGGCGGGCUGGUGUGUCAACGCGAGACUGGUCGAUGGGUCCUCACCGGGGUCGUUGCCGGGGGUUUCAGCUGUGCUGACCCUUCCUCCCCUGCGCUCUACACUCGAGUCAGCCGCUUCAGGGGCUGGAUCGACGAGGUCAUCAACGUGACGGAGCGUCCGGAGGAGCCGCAGACGCACACGCAGACACAAGAAGAUCUGACGCACAACGAUGUAACGCACACAACACAUGAAGGACACACACACGGCGAGGGCGAAGAUAUAUACCUACACAUGCACGAUCAACAACAGACAAAUGAAAUCGGUGAGAUCAAACAGAAACACACACACACUCAUUCGCACACCAAUCAGCACGGUAACACACACACCAAGAGCUCCCACGCCCACCAUGAAGCAGACACAAACACACAAAUCCUGGUCUGAUUGAGGCCACGCCAUUGGCUUACCAUCUGUGCCAUGUGACCGCCUGAGGAGGAGGAGGAGGAGGAGGGUUAAAGGAAGAUGAAAUAGAAAGAUGCUCUUAACUUAAAAAGUAAAAAAACGGCCGUGUCUGUGCUAAUUUCAGAUCUGAUCUCAGUGUUCGCGGCUGCUUAUCGUCAGACGAGCACAGCGACCUCUCAAAGCGCUUUACAUUUUCUUGCCUUUCAAUGUGGACAGACAAAAAAUGAUGACGGCAGAGUGUGUGGGUGACGUCUGUUGUUUUACACCAUCAGAACAGCGGCCGUUCUGCCGGCAGCAUGCUGAUGAAGGCCUUACACUGAUACUGAAAAUCAAAAAAUCAGCAUGGCAUGUAUUUUAAGGACUAUAGCGCUCGCAUAAGAACGUCCGAGGGACAUUUCUGAGAUGGUCACACAAGAAUCUAUGCUAAAAUUAACCUCUUAAUGUGCGUCUUCAUGUGUGAACUGAUUUCCACAGACUAACUAACCAUCAGAGCAUCUAUAGCAUAAAAGGCUGACUGCAUAUCACCAGUGUCCCUCUGAGAUUAUUCAUGUAGAUAAACUCCUGCAGCAGCGGAGGAUUGUCCUGAAGGAGAAAAAAAAUCCGGCGUGGGUGAUUUUGUGUAUUUUAAACAGGGCUCCUCUCUUCAGGCUGAUGUCUUUUACCUUUACUGGUGCAAGUGCUGUUGUUCAUUUAGACCCACGACUAAGCUACUGUAUUUAACCAGGGACCACACCAGUGAUUUGGCAGGUUUGUGUGUUUUUAUUAUCAGUGAUUUAGAUUUAUCACUGAUGCUGACUGUCCUGAACGCCAAGCUGCAGAUUAUAGUGACAUCAAAUGGCUCAGUCCUCUAGUUUUUAUUUGGAAAACUGUUGUUCCCAAUUCCAAUUAUUACUGGAAAUUAAAAACCUGAGGUUAAAUCAAUACAGGAAGCAACUGGGAGAUCAAAAAUAAUGAAAACACAUUUCAGAGGUAAUAGAAGGAAAGGAAACUUUGAGGUGAGAUAGUUAAUAUGCAAAGUUAAUUCUUGUGCCAGAUAUUCCUGCAAAGUCACGAUAACGAAGAAGAAAAGUAUUUAAAAAAGUCACAAGUCAACGAACAACUCAAAACUCACCUUGUUACAACUGAUUUUAAUAUUUGCUUUAAUAUUUAAAUAUUUACUUUUUAUUUCAGAUUUUCUUAUAUAUUUUCUGUACAUUUAUCUUAAAACACACACUCAAAUUAUUAUUAUUAUUAUUAUGAUUAAUAGCAGUACAACUACUACUAAUAAAAAGAAUAAUAAUUGGAGGGUACUUUUUAAGACGAAUUACACAGUAGAUAAUAAAUGACAAAAAUCUAAAAGAAAAAAGCACUCUUAAUUAUUGUCAUUAUUAUGAUUAUGAUUAUGAUUAUGAUUAUUAUUAUUAGUAGUAUUAGUAGUCGUAUUAGUAUUAGUAGUUGUACCUUCUGCCCUCAAACACACAGUAAACUAGUUUUAUAAUAGUGUAAAAUGGGUACCACUUUCUUAUAAGGCCCCUAUUGUUAAGGGUUUAUAUAAUUGUAUUUAAUGGCUUUAUUUGUGGUUAGUAAAUAAUUUACUUCCACUUUAUGAACCAUUUAAGCGCAUUACACAACUUUUGUGUUACAUUUCAUAAUCACAGAUGACUCACCAACUUUUCGAAAGAGACCUUGUGACUUGUGAAUGUUAAUGACGCGUUAACGUUUAUAAAAGCAGACUGGAGAAAGGAAAGUUCUCACCUCUCUGCAAAACCUAAAAUCAGCAAAUAAUCGUAUUAACCAUUCAAAAAAAAGUCAUCACUUACAGGAAACUCGUUAGUCGUGUUUUCUGUGAGAAAGAUUUGUAUCUUUUCCUUGCACUUUCGCUUCAGAUUGUAAGUGCAACAAUCUUCUCAAAAGUAUAUUCACCACUUUCCCAGUAGCUGUUGGCUGCCGUUGAUUUUCUUGCUGCAUUAUGAAAAUCAAUGAGCAGACUCCUGAAACAUCAAAAAAAUUUAUUUUUUGCCAAAGUUCCAUAAUUGUUGAGAGGCGAUGCAGCGCAGAUCAAUUAAACUGCAUUACCUCGACAGUAAUGGACUUUUUUUUUGAAAAUCCUCUUGCAGGAUCUGAUUGAUUUCUAUUCUAAAGGGGAAAGAAAGGAAACAGUGGCUGCCUGGAAAUCAGGAAAAAUAUACUGCACACAAUAAUAAUAAAAAACCCUGAAACACUGCAAAUGUGUUUUUUACAGCAGAAACAUAAAAAAAACAAAAACACUGGUGUGGUCCUUUAAACUUGUACAGGACAAUUCUCUCCUCUCGAAGCCAUCGGAAGCCGAGUGUCGCGUCACGACUGGCUCUAGUUAGAUAAACGAGUAGGCAGAUAGACGGGUAGAUAGCUGCUGCUACUACCAGAGAUUAGAUAGUGUGUGUUCUGCAUUUUUAGAUAGCUGAACUGUGGACGUGUAAUGUUGUCUGCUCAGUUGUUGGCUGAGCAGACGUGUGAUCUGUCCAGAAGAGGGCGACGUUGCUCUAUUUUCACGGGGUCGCUGGGUAAAGCUUAGGCCCUGGUGGAUCUCUUUUUUAUACUCUCGCUGUAAGUGUGCAGACUUGUGCUUUGUUGUACUGUGAACCAUUGUGUCGUGAAGCAUCUUGUAACCUGCGAACAUUGACCCCCUCCUCCCAUGCCUGUUGUUAUGACCCCUGUACAUACACCCUGCUCCCGGGGACUCGACGUGUGGCCCUGCAGCUCCUGUGGGUUCGUGUAAAUACUGUUCGUCUGCGGCUGGACGGAGUGGGAGCAGAGAGGAAGUGUUAAAGAUGGAGGCCUACUUUUAAUUGUGUUACACCCAUCAGCUGUUCCUCAGUGUUAUGUGCUGAAUCAUGGUUGAGUAUUAAAACAUAUACCUGCAAAGGAA